GCACAUCUUGUCGAAACAUGAUGUCUAUGAAGAUGGUUGAACUUUUAAAUUCUUGAGAAUAUAGUUUCUGUAUUGUAUAUUACGCUAUCGGGUAGAAGUAGCUUCUGCUGUGUACAAGAAUAGUUAGCCGGAAAUGGAAAACAAAGGGAGUGUGUUGAUGCAGCGGUAUGAAUUGGGGCGAAUACUAGGCCAAGGAACCUUUGCCAAGGUUCAUCAUGCAAGGAAUCUUAAAACCGGUAUGAGUGUGGCGAUUAAGAUAAUUGAUAAAGAGAGGAUCUUGAAGGUUGGAAUGAUUGAUCAGAUUAAGCGAGAAAUUUCUGUCAUGCGACUGAUUAAACACCCGAAUGUUGUGGAGCUUUAUGAGGUAAUGGCCAGCAAAACCAAGAUUUACUUUGUCAUGGAGUAUGUCAAAGGCGGCGAGCUCUUCAACAAGGUUUCCAAAGGCAAGCUAAAGGAGGAUGUUGCUAGGAAAUAUUUUCAGCAGCUCAUCAGUGCUGUUGAUUACUGCCAUAGUCGAGGAGUCUGCCACCGAGAUUUGAAACCAGAAAACCUACUUUUGGAUGAGAAUGAGGAUCUAAAGGUUUCAGAUUUCGGAUUGAGUGCCCUUGGUGAAUCUAAGCGGCAAGAUGGUUUGCUUCAUACAACUUGUGGAACCCCUGCAUACGUUGCUCCAGAAGUAAUAGACAGGAAAGGAUAUGAUGGUGCCAAAGCUGACAUUUGGUCUUGUGGAGUGGUAUUGUAUGUUCUAUUGGCUGGCUAUCUCCCAUUUCACGAUUCAAAUCUGAUGGAGAUGUAUAAGAAGAUUGGUAAGGGCGAGUUCAAAUUUCCUAACUGGUUUUCGCCGGAAGUACGCAGUUUGCUGUCAAAGAUCAUGGACCCCAAUCCAAAUACUCGGAUAUCCAUUGCCAAGAUUAUGCAGAGUUCUUGGUUCCGCAAGGGUUUGGUCCAAAAGCCGGAAAUUGCUGAGGUACCAAUGAAGGAGCCAUCCCCUCUGGAUGUUGAUGCAAUUUUUGGACCAAAUGAAGACAGCAAUUCUUCUGUCGAGUCAAAGCAAGAAUUAUCAAAGCCGUCUAACUUGAACGCGUUUGAUAUCAUCUCCUACUCCGCAGGCUUUGACUUGUCUGGAUUGUUUGAGCAGACAGACCAGAAAAAGGAAGUGCGGUUUACAUCCAACAAAAUGGCCUCCACCAUCAUCUCUAAGCUGGAGGACAUUGCCAAGCGUCUGAAGCUAAAAAUAAAGAAGCGGGAUGGAGGAUUGUUGAAAAUGGAAGGGUCCACGGAAGGCAGGAAGGGGGUGCUGAGCAUUGACGCCGAGAUAUUUGAAAUCACCCCGACUUUUCAUCUGGUGGAAGUGAAGAAGUCUAGUGGAGAUACAUUGGAGUAUCAGAAGGUCAUUAAGAAAGAUAUCAGACCAGCUCUGAAGGACAUUGUUUGGACUUGGCAAGGGGAGGAGCAGCAGCAGCAGCAACAAGAAGAAGAGCCACGACAACUAGUGCAGGAGCUGCCGCAGGGACAAGAACAUGUAGGGAAGCAAGAACCGCCACAGCAAGGGAAGCAAGAGCAACAGCCUUCUCUGGCACUCCCAGUGCAUGCAGUCUCACCCCAGGAUUCGUAACAAUCGAAUAAAAAAAUGGUAGCGGAUUUGAUUGUAGUAUGUGAUGAUAUGAACCUUGUUGGUCUAGUAUUGAGAAACAUUAGUUUUUCUUAAACUAAGCGUGGUGGCGUGAGGAUUCAUGUAAUAAAAUUGCUUUUUUUAUACA